AUGAAGAGAAAAAGGGCUACUAGCCAGAGAGGCAAUGAAGCAAUGGGGAAAGUUGAAGAGGCAAAAAGUGAUGAACUUUGCCCUUAUUUUGAUAAUCUUCCAUCCCAUAUCACUGCCCAAAUUUUGCUUCAACUUCCCAUCAAGUCUCUUCUUAUUUGUAGAUUUGUUUGCAAAAAUUGGAAAACAAUGAUUUCAGAAUCAGAUUUCGCUAAAUUGCAUUUUGAGCAAGCACCAACGUGUCUCAUGAUUCGAACUUAUGACUUUAAUGGAGUGGGAAGAAUCAUGCACUUUUUUGAGUGUGAACCUGAAAAGUUCGAGAAUGGAAGCAACAAUCAUGUGAAGCUUGAGCCUAUAUUCAAGCUUCCUCCGUGGGAUGCCAAAUCAUUUAGGGAGAAAAGAGACGUGAUCAACAAUAAGGGUAAACAAAGGCUUAAUAUUGCUAGCAACCGAGGUCAUGAUAGGCUUAAAGUUUUGAAUUAUUGUAAUGGUUUUCUUUGUUUAUGUAACCCAUUUUAUAAUACCCCUUUAGUGAUUUGCAACCCAGUCACUGGAGAGUUCAUAAAACUUCCUGUCACGGGAACGGGAAACACAGCUCAAGUAAGAAUGGAAGGACGAGCUGGUUUUGGUUUCCAUUCUAAAACUAAUGAAUAUAAGGUGAUAAAUAUGUGGAGAAGAGGACAUGUUAGACAUGUGUUUGAGCCUCUGAUCCUUGAGAUACACACUCUUGGAACACUGUUAUGGAGAAAUGUUGAAGUGGAUCCUCAGAUUCCUAUUUUGAAUCUUGAAUGUCCUACGUGUGUGAAUGACACGCUUCAUUGGAUUAGAGAUGAUGAUGGGCCAAGGUCAAUAUUGUGUUUCAGUUUUGAAAGUGAGAGAUUGCAAUCAUUCCCUUCUCCUCCACAGGUGUUUGAAAAUUUGGUCAAAACCAGUAUGGGAGAAUUAAGGGGAUAUCUUUACAUUUGUGAUAUAUCUUUACUUGAUGUUACAUUGUGGGUUAUGAACGAAUAUGGUAUUGGAGAAUCAUGGACUAAGGUUUACAAUAUUGAUACUUAUGCGUUUAGUCUUUUUGACAAUCCUGUUUCGCGACAAUAUGGUCUAUGUUUUCCAAUAAAACACUUUAAUGAGGAUGCUGCCAAUGCCAUAUUGUUAUUUAAUUCCUACAAUUGCUUUAUCUACUAUGAACCUGAGAAAAAUCAGUUCAAAGUUUUUGAAAUUCAGGGGACUCAUUCAGAUUUUGUUGAAGUAAUUUCACAUAUUCCAAGUCUAAUCUCAUUGAAGGAUGUAGUGAAAGGAGACAAUAUUGAGGUGCUGAAUAUUCACUCAAGGUGUGCAAAGUUUAAAUUGCGGGAAGAAAAUGAAGUUUUUUCCUUGUCUCAGAUUAAUGCUGAAGAAUUCAGUGAAGAUCCCACUUCCUUAGAAUAUGCUUUUGUCCCGGAGUUGUGGGUGCGUAAUCAUUCGAGUGGUAAUAAUGCUCCUAAGUUUCUGGCUGGUCUUUGGUGGAAUCGGAGGGCUAGAAACAUUGUUUGUGUUGGUAAUGAAUCUGUUGAAAAUUGCCUUGAAAACAAUGAUCAGGAAACAGUGGAGUUGCUGCCUUUUGCGCAUGAUGCGCAAGUUUUUGGGAUAUUCCUUAUUGUUUUCCCUCACUCACCUUUGCUACGUAUUGUUGUUAAACUAAUAAAGUACGGAACUUCUCCAAGUGUUGCCAUGAAGAGAAAAAGGGAUUCAGUUGCCGUAGCAAGGGCUACUAGCCAGAGAGGCAAUGAAGCAAAGAGGAAAGUUGAAGACACAAAAAGUGAUAAACUUUACCCUUAUUUUGAUAAUCUUCCAUCCCAUCUCACUGCCCACAUUUUGCUUCAACUUCCCAUUAAAUAUCUUCUUAUUUGUAAAUGUGUUUGCAAAAAUUGGAAAACAAUGAUUUCAGAACCACAUUUCACUAAGUUGCAUUUUGAGCAAUCACCAACCAGUCUCAUGAUUCGAUCUGCUGACUAUAAUAGAGUGGCAAGAUCCAUACACUUUCUUGAGUGUGAGCCUGAAAAGUUUGAGAUUGGAAGUAACAAUCAUGUGAAGCUUGAGCCUAUAAUCAAGCUUCCUCUUCGGGAUGCAAAAUCAUUUAGGGAGACAAGAGACAUAAUCAACAAUAAAUCCAAACGCCCUCUUCGCGCUGCGAGAUUAGUUUCGGAGAAAAACAAUGAGAACAAAAAUAAGGGUAAACAAAGGUGUUAUAUUGCUUGCAACCCAGAUCAUGAUAAGUUUGACAUUGUGAAUUCUUGCAAUGGUUUUCUUUGUUUAUGUCACCCGUAUAAAACUAUCCCUUUGGUGAUUUGCAACCCGGUCACCGGAGAGUUCAUAAGACUUCCUGUCACGUUAAACAAAGCUCCAGUAAGAAUGGUAAGACAAGCUGGUUUUGGUUUCCAUUCUAAAACUAAUGAAUAUAAGGUGAUAAUUAUGUGGAGCAGAAGAUAUGUACUUGGACCUGUGAACCUCGAGAUACACACUCUUGGAACACUGUUAUGGAAAAAUGUUGAAGUGGAUCCUCAGAUUUCUAUUUCGAAACUUAAAUGUCCUACAUGUCUGAAUGACGCGCUUCAUUGGCUUAGACGUGUUAAUGGGCAAAGGUCAAUAUUGUGUUUCAGUUUUGAAAGUGAGAGAUUGCAAUCAUUUCCUUCUCCUCCACAUGCGUUCAAGGGCGACACCGACAAUACUAUGGGAGAAUCAAGGGGGUUGCUUUACAUUUGUGAUAUAUCUUUACAUUAUGUUACAUUGUGGGUUAUGAAUGAAUAUGGUAUUGAAGAAUCAUGGACUAAGAUUUACAAUAUUAAUACUAAUAAGUUUAGUCUUAAUUGUCUUUGGCUAUACUGGAGUCUAUGUUGGCCGAUAAAACUCUCUAAAGAGGGUGCUGCCAUGUUGAUAUUUAAUUCCUUCAAUCGCUUUAUCUACUAUAAACCUGAGAAAAAUGAGUUCAAAGCUUUUGAAAUUCAGGGGACUGAUUCAUAUGAUUUUGAAGUAAUUUCACAUAUUCCAAAUCUAAUCUCAUUGAAGGAUGUAGUGAAAGGAGGAGACAAUAUUGAGGUGUUGAAUAUUCACUCAAGGUGUGCAAAGUUUAAAUUGCGUGAAGAAAAUGAAGUUAUUUCCUUGUCUCGGAUUGUUUUGAGACGUGGAAAGUAG